CGGAAAUGUGUCCAUCUUGUCAGGGCAACGAGCGAUAACGUCUGUUUCAAAUUCACCAUGAAUCCACUAACCAAGGUGAAGUUGAUCAAUGAGCUGAAUGAGAGAGAAGCGAAUUUGGGUAUUAAAGAGACGGUGUCCUGGCACUCAGAGUAUAAAGACAGCGCCUGGAUAUUCGUUGGAGGGUUUCCGUAUGAACUCACGGAGGGUGACAUCAUCUGUGUCUUUUCCCAAUAUGGGGAGAUGGCCAACAUCAACCUGGUACGUGAUAAAAAGACAGGCAAAUCCAAAGGCUUCUGUUUCAUCUGCUAUGAGGACCAGAGAAGCACUAUCUUGGCUGUUGACAAUUUAAACGGGAUUAAGAUUAAAGGGAGAACCAUCCGUGUAGACCAUGUGAUGAACUACCGCCCCCCCAAAGACAACGAGGACCUCGAUGACAUCACCAAGCGUCUGAGGGAGGAGGGAUGUGCCCCCAAAAUGCCGGACCCUUCGUCAUCCGAGGAGGAGGAAGAGUACGCCGUCUCUGUGAAGAAGGCCAAGAAAGAUAAGAAAGAGAAGAAGAAGAAAAAGAAAGAGAAGAAGAAAGAGGAGAAGAAAAAGGUCCUGAAGUUGGAGCAGCAGGAGAAGCACCCUCAGGAGUCUGAUCCCGUCAGAGUCAAGCAGGAGAAGGAGGACGAGGCCUACGACAAGUACAACCAGCGGGGGGCGCCAGAGCGCCAUGGCUCCCAGCUUCGCAGUCCCCGGGACAACGCGGCGUUCCGCCAUCGCCACGGAGACCAGCGGGACGGGAACAGAGAGAGGGAGGAGGAGGAGGGGUGGAGAGACGGGGGAGUGGAGAGGAAGUGGGAGGGAGGAGUGAGGAACCGGGACAGCUGGAGAACGGGCAGGGAAGAACGAGAGGAGUUGGACGUUCCGCCGAGAGAAAGCGGCGACCGGGAGAGGGAAAGACCGAGGGAAAGAGAUGGCGACAUGGAUAGAAACAGAGAGAGAGAGAAAGAAAGAGUUAGCGAUAGGAGUAGAGGGAUGGAUCGAGAUAGGAGUAGAGAGAGAGACAACGACAGAAAUCGAGAUAGUGACAGAUACAACAAACACAAGGAGGGGGGCAGUCGAGAAGGCGAACACAGGAGACACAGGUGAACCUGUCGCCUAACAAGACUGACCAGGAGACACUGAGGUGAACCUGUCGCCUAACAAGACUGACC